AACACAACAGAAAGAGGCAAAACUGGUGGUUUUGGAAGAAAGUGAAGAAGAAACACGAGGAGCUAUGGUAGAUGAUGAUAAGGUGGAGUCAACGAAAAAAUCGACACCGUUAACGGAGAAACCGAAAGAGCUGACUGACGGAAAAGUUGAUGGUGCACCUGAAGUAUCAGUUGUGACACCUGUCACAGAAGGCAAGCCGCCUGUUAUAGUAGAUAAACCUGGGAGUUUGUCUCCUUCGAGGAAACAUAAUCAAGGUUCUGAAAAGAACAGGCCAUGGUGCAGGCUUAUAUCAGAGUAUCCACAGACCCAAACAGUACAGGUUUCUGCGGAAAUUUUCUUGGUUGGUUCGAACAAAUACGGUCCAUAUAAUAUAAACAAUCAAGCAACUAGUGAAAUCCUGUGUUCGAUAAGGCUUACACAGUACAAAAGAAACUGGGUGCCUGUGCUUGAGACCAAGGGAAGCAAAGGACCUGUGCAAGUUAAUGGAAACACCAUUAGGAGGGAUUCUAUUUGCUUUCUCCAUUCAGGCGAUCAGAUUGUCUUUGGUCAAGAGGGAAUUUAUGCUUAUAUAUUUCAGCUACUGUCAUAUGAGUCUACAUCUAAGUCGGCUUCAGAUGUUAGGACCAGUGACAGAAAAUUGUUGGAUACUGGAAGACGGCCAGGAAAUGAGCUGCCUCCUUCCCCUGUUAUUCAUGAAGACGAGCUUGACGGCCUCAAAUUAGAUUCAGCAGCAAAUGUUGGCAGUAGCAAUGCUGCUGAUGUUGGAUUGAUUAGCGAGAUCCUCCCUCUUGAUGUAAACCUGGACUUUGGACUAAAGGCAGGCAACAUGUUGGAGGAAAGACGGUGGACUAGCAAAUCAAUGCCUGCUUCAACAUCAGGGAUGCCUUCAAGAUCUGCUGUAUUUAAGGAAGAAAUUCAUGCUGCAAUCAUUGAUGGACAAGAUGUAGAAGUUUCAUUUAAUGACUUCCCUUAUUACUUAAGUGAGAACACAAAAAAUGUGCUGAUUGCCGCUUCAUAUAUACACCUAAAGCAUAGAGAGCAAGUUAAAUAUACCUCUGAGCUUCCUGCUCUCAACUCAAGAAUUUUGCUUUCUGGUCCUGCAGGAUCUGAAAUAUAUCAGGAGAAGCUGGUGAAGGCACUUGCUCAUUAUUAUGGAGCUAAAUUGCUUAUCUUUGAUAGCCAUGAUUUUUGGGGUAGGCUACCUGUGAAGGAAGCUGGGCCAAUGAAAGAGGGAUAUAGUGCACAUAAAAUCUCAAGCAGGUUGAACCAAAUUCCUGGAGAAGCUGACUGGACCAAAGGCACUGAGCCAUCAUCUAGCCAAACAGCUAAUACUAACUCUUUUGCUGAUCCUUUGUGUUUGGAGGCACAACCAAAGUCAAGGAAUGAUAGUAUAUCCUCUGUAGCUGGGACAUCAGAAAACACCGUCUUUAGGACAGGUGAUAGAGUCAUGUUUCUUGGCUCUGCUUCUGGUGCUGCACUAUACUCGACUCCCAUCAGGGGACCAACAUUUGGGAUUAGCGGGAAGGUUGUAUUGUCUUUCGAAGAUAAUCCAUUGGCAAAAGUUGGUGUAAGAUUUGAUAAACCUAUCCCUUACGGCGUUAACUUAGGUGGUCUUUGUGAUGAUGCUCAUGGAUUCUUCUGCAAUGUCAGUGAACUGCUGCCCCUAGAAGCCACUGGUGUGGAUGAUCUGGACAAGUUACUCGCUAACACAUUGUUUGAGGUUGUAUUCAAUGAAAGCAGAAAUUCCCCAUUCAUUUUGUUCAUGAAAGAUGCUGAGAAAUCUAUGGCAGGAAAUUCAGAAUUAUAUUCAGCAUUUAAAAGUCGGCUGGAGAAGCUUCCUGAUAAUGUAGUUAUUAUUGGUUCUCAUGCUCAUACAGAUAAUCAUAAGGAGAAGUCUUUGCAGUUACAUCCUGGAGGAUCUCUGUUCACCAAAUUCUGCAGCAAUCAAACUGCUUGGCUUGAUCUGGCGUUGGAUAGUCUUGGGAGGACGCAUGACAAGGGGAAGGAGGUUUCAAAGACAGCUAAAUAUCUGACAAAACUUUUCCCAAAUAAAGUGGCUAUUUACGUGCCACAGGCUGAAGCACUUUUAUCUAAUUGGAAGCAACAAUUGGAUCAAGAUGCUGAUACCCUCAAAAUGAAAGGAAGUUUAAAUAGCUUACAAACAGUUCUGAGUCGGAUUGGAUUAAAAUGUAAUGGACUCGAGACAUUGUCCAUCAAAGACCGAAAUUUCUCUGUUGAAAGCGCAGAGAAGGUUGUUGGAUGGGCGGUGAGCCAUCACUUGAUGCAGAACACUCAAGCAGAUCUUGACAUGAGGCCUGUUUUAUCUCCUGUGAGCAUUCAGUAUGGUUUGGAACUAUUACAAGCUAUGCAAAAUGACACCAAGAGCUUGAAGAAGUCACUUAAGGAUGUCACGACAGAAAAUGAAUUUGAGAAGAGUCUUCUGGCUGAUAUUAUCCCCCCCGGUGAUAUUGGGGUGACAUUUGAUGAUAUUGGUGCACUUGAAAAUGUCAAGGAUACACUAAAAGAGUUGGUCAUGCUUCCCUUACAAAGACCUGAACUUUUCUGCAAGAGUCAACUAACCAAGCCCUGUAAGGGAAUACUUUUGUUUGGUCCUCCUGGAACUGGGAAAACCAUGCUGGCAAAGGCUGUUGCCACUGAAGCGGGUGCAAAUUUUAUCAAUAUCUCAAUGUCAAGUAUCACUUCAAAGUGGGUUGGUGAGGCUGAGAAAUAUGUAAAAGCUGUCUUCUCGCUGGCUAAUAAAAUUGCUCCCAGUGUUGUUUUUGUUGAUGAAGUUGAUAGUAUGCUGGGAAGAAGGGAAAAUCCAGGAGAACAUGAGGCGAUGCGCAAACUGAAAAAUGAAUUCAUGGUGAAUUGGGAUGGGUUGCUCACAAAGGAUACUGAACGAGUUCUGGUACUCGCAGCAACAAACAGGCCAUAUGACCUUGAUGAGGCUGUUAUAAGGCGACUGCCACGCAGGUUGAUGGUCAGUUUACCGGAUGCUCUGAACAGAGCAAAAAUUCUCAAAGUGAUACUCGCAAAAGAAGACUUGGGUCAGGAUGUUGAUCUGGAUUCUGUUGCAAGUAUGACAGAUGGAUAUUCCGGAAGUGACCUGAAGAAUCUCUGUGUAGCAGCUGCAUAUCGACCCAUCAGAGAUAUCCUAGAAAAGGAAAAAAAGGAACAUGCUGCAGCUAUUGCAGAUGGUAGACCACCUCCAGCACCAUACAGCAGUGCAGACUUACGACCACUGAAUAUGGAGGACUUUAGAUGUUCUCAUCAGCAGGUUUGCGCAAGUGUUUCAUCUGAAUCCGGAAAUAUGACUGAGCUUCUUCAGUGGAAUGAUUUGUAUGGAGAAGGGGGCUCUAGAAAGAAGCAGUCCUUAAGUUACAUCAUGUGAAGGCCGUCUAUAUGUGUAAAUGGUUGUCUUUCCUCCGACUUUUGCUCGUUUGUAAAAUGAGUAUAUAGGUCUCUUAUAGACUGAGUUUAGACAUGUUACAAUGGGGAGUAGGCUUAUAAAAAAUAGACAGUUUAUCUGCCUU